UUGCAGACUGCAAGGCGCCGCCGGAGCUGGAGCAUGGCUUUGUCACCUUCUCCUCCAGGGACAACCUGACCACCUACCGAGCAGCCAUCCAGUUCCACUGCCAGCAUCCCUACUACCACAUGGCCCCCAACAGCACCGCCACCUACACGUGCGACGCUUCGGGAGCAUGGAGGAGCGAGGAGCUGGGGACCAAGCUGCCGUCCUGCCGACCAGUGUGUGGCCGGCCGGCUCGUCCUCUGCCUGGGAUCAUUAAGCGCAUCAUUGGGGGGCGAAACGCAGAGCCCGGGUUCUUCCCCUGGCAGGCCCUGAUUGUGGUGGAGGACAUGUCCCGGGUGCCCAAUGACAAGUGGUUUGGCAGCGGGGCCCUGCUCUCAGACUCCUGGGUGCUGACGGCCGCCCACGUGCUCCGCUCCCAGCGGAGGGACAAGACCGUCAUCCCUGUCUCCAAGGAGCACGUCACCGUCUACCUGGCCCUUCAUGAUGUGAGGAACAAGAUGGAGGCCGUCAACCGGACAGUGGAGAGGAUCAUCCUCCACGAGGAGUUUGACAUCCAGAACUAUAACCACGACAUCGCUCUGGUCAAGCUGAAGGAGAAGGUGACCAUGGGGAAGUACGUCAUGCCUGUCUGCCUGCCCCAGUUUGAGCACGAGCUGGAGGGGCCUCACCCCAACACACUGGGGCUGGUGGCUGGCUGGGGUAUCUCCAACCCCAACAUCACAGUGGAUGAGAUCAUCAGCUCGGGCAUGAGGACGCUGUCCGACAUCCUGCAGUACGUCAAGCUGCCGGUGGUGCUGCACGCAGAGUGCAAGACCAGCUACGAGUCGCGGUCGGGGAACUACAGCGUGACCGAGAACAUGUUCUGCGCCGGCUACUACGAAGGCGGGAAGGACACUUGCCUGGGAGACAGCGGAGGAGCCUUCGUCAUUCAGGACCCAGGAACCCGGAGGUGGGUGGCCCAAGGCCUGGUCUCCUGGGGCGGCCCGGAGGAGUGUGGCAGCAAGCAGGUGUACGGCGUGUACACCAAAGUCUCCAACUACGUGGACUGGGUGGAGAAGAAGACGGGCUCCUCAGAGCGGUGGACAUUUCUGGAGGCAGAGCUGGAGAGAUGA